AUGUUCUCUGAAACAGCACGGGAGUCAUGGUCACUUCCUGACCUGCAACCCCUACCGGGGCUUUCAAGUCCACACCAUGAUUCUUCCUCCGGGCAUGCCCAUAACCCGGACCGGCUCCUCCAGUACGCCUUUGCAGUUGUCCAACAUACUCUCACUUCAGGCUCUCGUCGAGGCCAAGUUAUCAAGGAAGCACUUGAUUCGCUCAAGAUGACGACAAUGCGCCUCAGAACGACAAACUCGUCCGUGCCCCCCUAUUCCGAAACACAAGCCUAUUUCUGGAUUCAAGUAGUUCAUUCUGCCAUCCAAUCACUCAAGGCAGCUCCUGGAAGUUCAACGAGCGAAAGGUCAAUACUCGACAUCCCUGUGUCGCGCAUUAGCUCCGCCACUCUCAACGCGCUUUUCGGACUGAAUUCGUCUACUUGGAGACACUACUAUUCCGAGAAGGUCUGGACUAGUGUUUCCGCACGUAUGGGGUUUGUCCAACCAGACCUCAAGCCGAUCCCAAAUAUCGUCACCAUCUCAUCUCGAUCCCAAGAGCAGGCCGCUCUUUUGAAGCAGAUGGAAAGUACUCUACUACGGAGGAGUCCUGGGUUGCCAACUUUCGAGUGUCUUUCUUUCCAGGCAAUCUGGGUCAUUCGAGAUGUACAAGCAUUGGCCAAAUCCUCGAUGGUGAAUUCUCCUAGAAUCUCGAGCCAUUCCCACUUGUUACUCUAUCUGUAUACGAAGCUCGUAGUGGGGUCAGGCACCGGUCUGCCAGGAAAGACUGCAUUGGAACAAGCAGAGCAAAUGUCAGGUCCUUGGGUAGAUUCGGUCACACACAAGAUGUUCUGGAUCCAGGUUUUCUUCACUGCCAUGGCGCGUGCACAGGCUUCUAGGAAGAUAGCCGACAAGCAGACAUCCCUGGAAACAGUCACAUUUGAAACCUUCAUUCGAGGUAAUCUCCAUCUGGUUCAUCAAGAUUUGCCUAGCUUAUAUUACACCCCGGAGAUCUGGGAAAGUAAAGAGGCAUCCAAGGUAAUGAUUGCGCCUGAUAGGAGGAGGAUGGAUGGGUUUCUCGAGUCAAAGAACAAGGAUAGGCUGGAAGAUUUGGUUUUUAUCUAG